UUGUGGUCUGGCAGCACUUGGCUAUUUAAAGUUUAUAAGCUUAUAAGCUUUUCUAACUUGAAAUAAGCUAAACUGGCCUCACUGCUGGCAAAACUUACGCAAAUUUUCCAAUUGGACACCGGCGCAUUGCGUUAAUUCCGUAAUAUUUUCCUUUUUGGAUGCCAAGACGAUAGCGAACCGUAAUUAAAUUUGUCGCCAGGUAGUGCGACAUUAAGGCGAGGGUGGAUACGGAAGGAAGCAGGACGUAGUUUGUCUCGAAACCGGACAUCAACAGGUGCGGCGUCAUGGCAGAAGUGAAGGACUGGCGGCCUUUUGUUUACGGCGGCGUUGCAUCGAUCACCGCGGAAUUUGGCACUUUUCCCAUCGACACCACCAAGACGCGCCUCCAAAUCCAAGGUCAGAAAAUCGACCAAACUUUCUCGCAACUGCGAUAUCGCGGCAUGACCGAUGCCUUUAUGAAAAUCUCCCGCGAGGAGGGUCUCAGGGCUCUGUAUUCCGGCAUUUGGCCAGCGGUGUUGCGACAGGCCACCUAUGGCACCAUCAAGUUUGGCACUUACUAUACACUCAAGAAACUGGCCAACGAGCGCGGCUUGCUGACGAACGAGGAUGGAAGCGAGCGGGUCUGGAGCAACAUACUCUGCGCUGCGGCUGCCGGAGCCAUCUCCUCGGCCAUCGCCAAUCCCACAGAUGUACUGAAGGUGCGCAUGCAAGUGCACGGGAAGGGUCAGCACCAGAGCCUGCUGGGCUGCUUCGGAGAGAUAUACAAGUAUGAGGGCGUCCGUGGACUGUGGCGCGGCGUGGGGCCAACGGCUCAGCGUGCUGUGGUUAUCGCAUCUGUGGAGCUACCCGUCUAUGACUUUUGCAAGCUGCAGCUGAUGACCGCCUUUGGAGAUCACGUGGCCAAUCAUUUCAUCUCAAGCUUUAUUGCCAGUCUGGGCAGUGCCAUAGCCUCAACCCCCAUCGAUGUCAUCCGGACCCGCCUGAUGAACCAGCGGCACGUGAGCAUGUCGAUAAACGGCGUCGUCACGGCAGCAGCCACACCAAAGCUAUACAGUGGGAGCCUCGACUGCGCCGUGCAGACGAUCAGAAACGAGGGACUCCUAGCCCUUUACAAGGGAUUCAUACCCACUUGGGUCAGGAUGGGACCGUGGAACAUCAUUUUCUUCAUCACGUACGAGCAACUUAAAAAGUACUAGCACCAGCGAGGAAAUCCCAGUACAAGCGUAAAACCAAAAAGAUCAGAUCUGCUGCCAGACCUGGCAUAACUCUUAGAAUACAGUUGAAGGGUCACUAAAGUGCCUGUCUCAUGCUGGCUAUCCGAUAGCCUCCGACCUGCUCUAGUGUCACUUUGCCCUGGGCAACCCAGAGUGACAACGAUUUGUCGCAUUUAAAAUGUUGGCGUUUUCAAGUAUUUGUGAAUCCGACUGCCCUCGGGCCCACCCGCGAAGUACACACUAUUUAGCUUAAGUGAGCUUUUAAAUUAAUUACCUAUGGCUAGUUAAACAAAAACUAUUUGUAAUUGCAUUUUGUAUUAGACGCGCAUUUGGAUUGUUCGAGGUUUAGGCAUUAUCAAUUGUAUUACAUGUGCAUCCUCUGCUGUAAAUAUAUGCAUUUUGUAAUAUGUGCUGUGUUUCUCCAAAUACAGAAUGUACAAAAAUAAAUACAAAUAAACAGUUUGUUGGAAAUCUCAA